AUGGGACCGUAUGAAGUACUCAAGAGGGUUGAAUCCGUGGCCUACCGGUUGGUCUUACCACCAGAGUUGAAAUGCUUCCAUAAUGUGGUCUACGUGUCUAUGCUAAGAAGAUAUCGUUCCGACCCUUCUCAUAUCAUUCUACUAGAGAAAAUCAAGGUGAGUCAAGCCAUGAACUAUAAAGAGGAGCCAAUAAGGAUAUUGGCUAGGGAUGUGAAGGAAUUACAAAAUAAGAAGAUCAUCUUAUUGAAGGUUUUGUGGAGGAAUCAUGGUGUCAAGGAAGUAACUUGGGAAAUCGAGGAUGAUAUACAGCUUUAA